AAUAAAAACAUUUUGCCGCCAAACCAGCCCUAAUAAACCAAGAUCGAAGAAGUUUCCUCGCAUCAUCUGUGUGUGCAAACAAAAAGGGAGGAAGAAGAAGUAAUGUCGGACUAUCUACCCGAAGAAGUGUGGAUUGAUAACAUCCUCUCAACACUCCCCAUCAAGACCCUCCUUCGAUGCACAAGUGUCUGCAAAUCAUGGUACUCUCUCAUCACUAGCCCUAGUUUCAUUUCCACACACCUCAAUCGAAACAAACAACAAGACCCACCAUUAUUACUGCUUAGACAUUGCUCUGAGCGUCCUAGGAAAGAGCAUUUCUCAAUACACCAUGACAAUCCCACACUCGAUGACUAUGCUGAGCUUGAUUUUCCAUUUCAUAGCGUAAAUUCGUAUUUCAGGAUUGUGGGUAGUUGCAAUGGUGUGGUUUGCUUGUCUGAUGAUCACAUGUGCUAUGUACACACCAUCAUUUUAUGGAACCCAUCAAUUAGAAAAUCUUUUAACCUCCCAAGACCCAGUGUUGUUUUUCAAACCCAUGGCCCUUUUAUGCAUUCAAUUGGGUUUGGGUUUGAUUCAAUCAAUCAUGAAUGUAAAGUAGUUAGGGUUACCUAUGUCGAAGAUGGUGAUGGUUUUGACAUUGUUCCACCCGAGGUUGAGCUUUACUCGCUCAGCAGGGGAUGUUGGCAAAGCAUUAGUUAUUGUGGUCUUCAAAGCAUUAUUCCUGAGCGAUCACCACAGGUUUAUAUCAAUGGGGCUGUGCAUUGGAUUGCAUAUGAUCGGGAAACAAAUGGAAGUUUUCACUGCAGUUUGAUUGUGACUUUCAAUAUGUGUGAUGAGCUGUUCCGGCGGGUUUUUCUACCAGAUAGCUUGGCUGCCCAGUGCUGGGCAAACUUGGAGAUCAACGUAUUUGGGGAAUCACUUUGUGUGAUGCAUCAUGCUUCGUCUAGUGCUAACAAAGGAUAUGACAUGUGGGUGAUGGAAAAGUAUGGUGUAGUUGAGUCGUGGACUAAACUAUUUGCUAUCAUCGAUUAUCAGGAAAGUUUGGGGCCAGUUAUUGGGUUUAGGAAGAACAGUGAAGUCUUGUUGGUAAGUAGUGGAAAUUUGGUGUCUUAUGACCCCGAAACAAAAGAAAAGAAGAAUCAUGGGAUCCAUGGUAUUGGCUACUUGUUUUAUGUGGAUACUUAUGUUGAGAGCCUGGUCUUAGUCAGCGGGUCGAACGGACUCUCAGGGAGGCAUGAAUUUGUUAAGGAAACCGAACAAAAAAGAACAGCAACAAAGAAAAGGAAGAACAGGCAACGUACAUUUUUAAUGGGAACAAAAGUCUCUUGUGUCUUAGGGUUGUGGCUACGACGGAAGCUCAAGCUCAGGACUAGGAAGCCGGGAAAGGCGGGAAUGGGAAAAUGUUAGAAGUGGAGGUAUUGUGGAAAUAGGACCAAGAAACGGGUGAAGAAAGCUUUGCUGUGGGACUGUCGGCAGCUCCUGCAUCCACAGAGUUAGUUUUUGUUUUUUUGAUGCCUCACCCUUUUUUCUAUUCUCUGUAGAACAGAGACUUAGGCCACCUUUUAUUUCAUUUUAUGUGUAAAACCUUGUAAAACUUUUAUUAAUUUAUGUAUUAUCGUUGGACUAGU